AUGCUUCGCCUCGCCAGAAAGGGAGUUCAGACCGCCAUCGUCAGAUCGUACGCUAAGGAUGUGAAGUUCGGAGCCGAAGGACGUGCCGCCAUGCUCGUUGGAGUCAACCUUUUGGCCGAUGCCGUCUCUGUGACUAUGGGACCAAAGGGAAGAAACGUGAUCAUCGAGCAAUCAUGGGGAAGCCCAAAGAUCACCAAGGACGGAGUCACCGUCGCCAAGUCCAUCGAUCUCAAGGACAAGUACCAAAACUUGGGAGCUAAGCUUAUUCAAGACGUCGCCAACAAGGCUAACGAGGAGGCCGGAGACGGAACCACCUGUGCCACCGUCCUCGCUCGCGCAAUCGCUAAAGAGGGAUUCGAGAGCAUCCGUCAGGGAGGAAAUGCCGUUGAAAUCCGUCGUGGAGUGAUGAACGCUGUCGAUGUGGUGGUCGCUGAGCUCAAGAAGCUCUCCAAGCCAGUCACCACACCAGAAGAGAUCGCUCAAGUCGCCACAAUCUCCGCCAAUGGAGACACUGUUGUCGGAAAUCUCAUCUCUGACGCCAUGAAGAAGGUCGGAACCACCGGAGUCAUCACUGUCAAAGACGGAAAAACUUUGGUUGAUGAGCUCGAGCUUAUCGAGGGAAUGAAGUUCGACAGAGGAUACAUUUCCCCAUAUUUCAUUACCUCCGCUAAGGGAGCGAAGGUUGAGUACGAGAAGGCUCUUGUGUUGCUCAGCGAGAAGAAGAUCAGCCAGGUUCAAGAUAUUGUUCCAGCUCUCGAGCUCGCUAACAAACUCCGUCGUCCAUUGGUUAUCAUCGCUGAGGAUGUUGAUGGAGAGGCUUUGACCACUCUUGUUCUUAACAGACUCAAGGUCGGACUCCAAGUCGUCGCCGUCAAGGCCCCAGGAUUCGGAGAUAACCGCAAGAACACCCUCAAGGAUAUGGGAAUCGCCACUGGAGCUACCAUCUUCGGAGACGACUCCAAUCUCAUUAAGAUCGAGGAUAUCACUGCCAACGAUCUCGGAGAGGUUGACGAGGUCUCCAUCACCAAGGACGACACUCUCCUUCUUCGUGGACGUGGAGAAGCGGCCGAGAUUGAGAAGAGAAUCGAGCAUAUUACUGAUGAAAUUGAGCAAUCUACAUCUGAGUAUGAGAAGGAGAAACUCAACGAACGUCUCGCCAAGCUCUCCAAGGGAGUCGCUGUCUUGAAGAUCGGAGGAGCUUCUGAAGUUGAGGUUGGAGAGAAGAAGGACCGUGUCACCGAUGCUCUCUGUGCCACUCGUGCUGCUGUUGAGGAAGGAAUCGUUCCAGGAGGAGGAGUCGCUCUUCUUAGAUCCCUCGAAGCUCUCAAGUCAUACAAGGCUGCCAACGAAGACCAACAAAUCGGAGUCAACAUUGUGAAGAAGGCGCUCACUCAACCAAUCGCCACUAUUGUUAAGAACGCCGGACUUGAGCCAUCAUCCAUUAUUGAGGAUAUUAUUGGAAACAAGAGCUCCGCUUAUGGAUAUGAUGCUCUUAACUCCAAAUUCGUUGACAUGUUCGAGGCUGGAAUUAUUGAUCCAACCAAGGUUGUCCGAACUGCCCUUCAAGACGCCUCUGGAGUCGCUUCCCUUCUCGCCACCACCGAAUGCGUUGUGACUGAAAUUCCAAAGGAGGAGCCAGCUGGACCAGCCGGAGGAAUGGGUGGAAUGGGAGGAAUGGGCGGUAUGGGAGGAAUGGGAUUCUAA